CGCUGAGUCAGUCGGUUCUCAGCCGGCCCCGAUGCACGAUCAUCGGCUGCCGGUCCGUCAACGACACUCCAUUAACUUUCAUUCUCUCAUCCUCAGUUUACAUGUGAAAACCAUUCAUCAGUCGUAUCAAGUCCCAUCCUAGUGGUCUUGUGUUGUAACAAUAGGAGGCACAUUGUUGAUGCUGUUUAAACCGAUAGAGUUGAAUUGAUAGGGUUUGUAAGCGUUUGUAAGUAACUUGUUACUUGUGAGGAGGCGAUUGAGGCCUCAAGUAUACAAUAGAAAGGACUUUACUCCGGGUCACGAGCUCUUCGCUGGAGCAAAUCACGUCCAGCUAUUCUCCAGAAGGAAGUAAUGCUGAGGGUAAUGAAAAUUAUUCGAGUGUAAAAUCACGUAAAUAUGUCGAAGGAAUGCAGAUACUUCGUGCAGCAUGCCUGGAAGAAAGACCUGUGCGCCAACUGUUUCGAGUCCAGGCAGGAUCACCAGCGUUCAGCGCCAUGUACAAAGCCAUUUAUAGCCCGAGAAGUGAAAAAUAUUCAGGGUAUUCUUCGUGGACUUAGAACAACCGCGGUGACAGGAUCUAGGCGUAAAAAAAAUCGCGUGGCAUUUCCGGAAGAGUUGACUAGAGUAAUCGGAUAUGGUGGUGACGAUUACUCAGACAGUGAUACUGAGCUGGAUCCAUCGUCAAGCGAUGUGGAGAUAAUAAACUGUGAAAAUACUGUCGAGGAAGAGGUAGAUUCGAUUCAAGACACGGAGGAGGAUCGGGCCCUUAACAAUCUCACACGAGUCAAUACUAAUUUCAAUAUGGUAACGGCCAAUCUUACGAUAGCACCGAGCGAAGCUAAACCAAAAACAGUUGGCCUGAUGCUGGGUAGAAUUCAGAAGGACGCCGAUGGCAAUAAAACCACUCUGCUUAUAUCUGUAACGCCAUUUGGCGGUGAUGACGUUAGUGUGCCAACUGCCCGAAGGCCAAUCGAGAGAAAACGAGCCGAUGAGCGACCGGUUGCACUCGAAAAAAUCGUCGACAUGCCGUUAAUUGCGUCGAAUAAUCUAAUGGCUAUCAAGAGGACGGAGGCAAGUCCUCAGCGUGUCCCUGACCUCGAGAUUGUUGGAACCAAAUCAUUGCCAAUUACGUCGAAUUCUUGUCCACUUAAAGGUACUUAUGAAUCAAGGCAGGGUGAGACUGUUAAGGAUAUAAUAUCAGGGUGUCGAGAGCAUCUCCAGAAAGUGGAAGAUGAGGCUGAGGAAGUGGUCAGCAAUGAUGAAGGGAUUUCAGUUGUUGGCGAGCAGAGAGCUGACGCGAAUUACGAUGAUUUGGGUGAGCGAACGGUUGAGGGUGAAUCAGAGCCCAUGGAGAGUACAGAGGGUUCACCGUUUCUCGAUGAUAAUAGUCGGGAGGAGGCUGGGGCGCCUGAUGGCAAGGCAGACGAGGACGAGAUAUCGGUGGAAUGCAGUGGGAUCAUUCCCAACGAGCCCAGACGAUCGUUUCUCCACUCGGAGACACUUGCCACGAAAAAACCCACUGCCCUGACCACGACCAUAUCAGUAGAGGCCAGGGAAGUCCCUGUGGAUGACGCACUUACGAUGAAAGGCGAUAGCAGAACAUCAGGGAAUGCGGAAAACGUGGCGGAAGGGAGAGAGGAGGAAUGCGGCUUGGAUAAUCAGCCGAGUGGCAACGGCAAACGCAGAAUGGCACCAAAACCACCCGAUGUCUCUGUCGAAGACUCUUCAGGGCCUCUAUUCACGCGUAAACCCAAUAUCAAGGGGAAUUUAAAGUCUGAUUGUCCCGUUGUCAGGGAAAAGGAGAAACGCGAAAGGGCGACGUCGUCGUCCAGCCCGAAAUUGAGAAAAUCACUGGGUCCAACGGUCGAGGACUCCAGUUUCUCUCCUGUGAGUCCUGAUCAAUCUCCGGAACCCAGGAGAAGUUUCUCCCUAUCGCAGCAGGAUAUUCCCUCCUCGAGUGUUGCUUCUGAUAAGCUUGAGGAGAAGAAGAAGAGCAAGUCACGGUUUUCCCUGAAGAAAUUGUUGAGAAUGGGGGGCUCCAGGAAGGACAUGAAUUUAAUGCAGACUGGGGCCUCCGUGGGGGCCAAGGGGGAGGACAUACCGGGGACCAGUCAACUGAAACCAAGGCUUGAGAUUAUUCAUCCGUUGGAACUCGAUGGAGCUGCUGUCGAGGUAUUACGACAUGAUAAAAUGGGAAAGAGUCAGGAGGAACACGUGGGCAAUGAGUCGAGACAGGAAUCUGGACAUGUCAAUGCGAGACUGGGAAAGCCUCCGCCACCACCGAGAAGCGGUCAAUCGUCGACAAAUUUACCCAGCAAGCAGACAAGGCCACCACCACCGACGCCAGACAAUCCCACAAAAUCCUCAUCACCAGUGAGAGCCUGGCACACAGCUCCACCCGGAACAGUGGCUGGUGACUCAAUUUACGCGAAUUUGGCACCGGAGAAUGUUGCAGGUGAGGUGAGAAGCACAAUUGCACCGUCCAAGCCACAACGUACAGCCAGCAUAAAACGCGAGAGUGAAAUCAUCAAGAGUAAUCACUCGAGUCCAAGGGAAAUGGCUGCCUCCCGACGUUACGAAAAAUCUUGUCUCAAUGUACCAACGAAUUCGGAUUCCCUCGACUCGACUUCGAGUGACAGUCACGAUGUCUACGAGUUUCUCUCGAGCUCACCGGAGUGUGAUUCCAAUCUGGAGCUUCGUAGGCAUGCCAAUGAGGCAACCAGAACAAAUGCUGGUAAAAGAAACUCCGAGGGUGGUGUUGGAACUGAUCAUUAUCCACUGUUCAAGUAUACCAAGUCAACAUUUGCCAGGUCUAAUUCGCUGCCUUACUGUGCCAGUGAGACUGAGAGUGAUGGGGUUUAUACGGGGAAUGAGGGUGCGGAGGAGGAUCAGGACUGGAAGACUAAGAAUGAGGAUUUCGUCAUGACAAGAGUGCGACAGAGGAGAACUCGGACAGUUGUCCACCGGAGUCUGGAGGAUAAUUACGGUGCAGUUGUCAUAGCCAAUCACGAGUCCCUCGCGCAACUGUUGGAACGAUUAUCUCAAGUGGACCACUCAUCUCUCUCCCUUCAUCUGCGGCCACUGGGCGCCUCCAACCCACGACUCAAAGAUUUUCACAUUGAACUUGAAACACUCCGAACAAUCGGCAGACGAGGAUUCUGCUCUGCCUCGUGGAAUGACCAUCCAGUAACGAUUUGCUUGUCUCCAGACAGUCUCACCUCACCAGUCUCCCACAAAGAUUUCUGCCUCAUCCCUAUCCUUGAAUUUGCAGAUAGAAUUCCCGAUGAAACACCGUUCAAUCGCAUUCCGACACUCGCCAAAAAUGAAGACGUCACGGUAUCGGUUCUGCCGCCAUACCAAGUAUGCUCGAUGAAGUCAUUCCUCUCAAAUCUGCAACGACAACUUCGUAACAGCGCCAGCAAUGAAACCAUAAUGAGAGAAUGUUGCUUAGUACUUCUUCAAUUUGUAACAGCAUUGAAAAAUCUCCAGGCACGAGGGAUAGAGGAAUUGCCUAAGAGUCUAGGUAAUUUUGUGCUAUGCAAGGAAGAGAAGGAUCCCUCAUAUCGUCUCUAUCAUCUUCAGAGUCUACACGUGGAUCACAUAAACGACGAGGAGGAGCAAGUUUCACUGUGUCAGAGUGCUCUAGUUGCCUUCCGGGAGCUCAAUCUAACGAACAGACUUCCGGUAAUAAAGGAAUUACUCGUGCGUGAACGUGCAGUGAGCCUCUCCCAGGUGAAAGCUGUACUCGAGUAUUCGCUGUGGGGCCCAGGAGAUGUGACACUGGACAUUUGGAAAGAGAGGGAAAUUGUUUUGCAAAGGUGGCUAGACCUUGAGAGAGCGACGAUUCUUCACGCUCUAGUGCGAACACGACCACCUCUCAUCGUUGUUGAUGAGUAUCAGCUCAUCUUCUUGGUCCAAACGACAGCGAAGAGCAUGUGUGAGGCCUCUGUUCUUCUCGAUGAGCAAUCAUCGAAAUUCCAUCCUCUUCCACUAACUUGACUCAUUCAAGCACUGAAUCAUUUGUCAAGCCAGACUCCAACAUUUUUCUCUGAGUACAUUUUCCGAGAAUACCUUUUCAUCAUGUCUCAGUGAAAACGGAAAAUUAAUGCAUUUUCAUUCGUCACUCCACAUCUGAAUGAAAUUAUUCAUCAAAUAACCCUCUAUUAUGCUCAAUUAACAUAUACCAUUACUCAUUUUGUAUUCUAUUUUGUAUUAUUCAUCACUCGAAUUUGUUAUUUAUUCUCAGAUAAUUCAAAAAUUUGUUACACAUUUCUAGUUCUCGUCUCUAUGAAAAUAUAUAUUCUCUUGUGAAGGUUUCAUUAAAAGAAUAAGACGUAA